CUCAGUAAGCGAGACACGGAUAUUCGGUUGUCAGUAUCCAAAUGGAAUCACUCUGAGGCGGUGGAUCCCUUGAUUCAUAAGAUUAAUUUUUUAAAUCGUUGCAGAUAGUUAACAAUGGCUUGGAAGUUAUUUCAAAUAUGUGCGACAAUGAGCCGUACUUCCCCUAAAGUCGUGUUUUUUAUCAUUUUCUGCUGGUUAAUGGUAGGGACGCCAUCGACCGCAACAGGUGAGUCAUGAGAUGCAAUGUCUUGACCUCAACUGAAUGUAUGUAAAUUUAAUUCUAUAUUUUUAUUGUUGAAGUCACAUAAGAGGUUAAGUGUGUUAUGAUGGAAUCUAUGUUUGUACAGAUUAAGUACAUCUACAACAUAACUAUUUAUUACAGUCAUUUUAACAUAUUUAAGUGUAUGUGUUUCUUGCCAGUUUAAACCCCCAACAAUGAUUAUCAGUAACACACCGGGCAUAUGGAGGACACAUAGCUUGAAAUUCAAAAUGACAUGCUUUUAUAAUGCACACUCACAAUAGGCGAUAUCAUUACAGAAAUAAAUAAAUGGAUAUUUAUAUAUAUUUAUCUAUUGGCCAUAGCAAAUUUUUAGUUCAUGCAGUUAAAACGGUAUACUUAAGAUGUUAUAUAUAUAUAUAUAUAUGUAUCUGUCUAACAUAGUAUAUUAGACAAGUGAUGCAAUUUACGUGUUUAGAGUAGACCGUUUAGCAGCUGUGCGUCUUUAUUGGGGAAUAAAACAUUUAAUUUGUGAUUCCUUUUUGCGUCGCGUUUAAGGGAUGUCCGCCAUUAUUUUAAAUACUCUUAUAAAUAUAACGGUGUCUUAAAUAAAAAUUACAGCCGAAAUUUAGUGAAUGAUGCAUUGUGAAUAUGCUAAAGUAGCAUAGAUACAAACGCUCUAUAAAUAUUCAAUUCAUUAAUAAACGCUUUGUGUUUGACACAGAUAUGACUGAUCCGAAGAGUUAUGACAAGGGGACCGGAUGUACACAAGAUAAAAUCAAAUUCUGCCCCUAUUACGGAUCGUGCUGUCGAAUAUCGCAGUACUGCAGCCACAGGUCAAGGUCGUGUGAGCCCUGUUAUUCGACUUCGCUUAAAAAACCCGAGCUGUUCAAAAAUUGCUGUGAGAAGGGUCCCCACGAUGUAAGCUGGAUGGCCCAUGAAACCUGUACUUAUGCUUGCUUGGACAAUUUUACCCUGGCGGAACUAGGUGCUUGCGUCAGUAAGUAUUAUUGUAAAUGAUUGUGAAUGAUUGUGAAAGAUUUUGAAUGAUUGCAAAUGAUUGUUGAUGAUUGUGAUUAAACAGAAUGAUAUUUGAAAUAUAAAUCAAAGACUCGGAAAUUCAAUAGCGGUGUUGUUCGAAAUGAAGAACUUCAUAACCAAUUUUUUUUUUUUUUUUUUUUUUUUUUUUUUUUUUUUUUUUUUUUUUUUUUUUUUGCAUUUGGCCUCAGAGCCCGGCUAAGACAUGCAGAGGUGGCAAGGAAACUUUGCCAUAUCCAUUAAGCGUAUCCGUUAUGAUGAGUUAAGGUCAACUUAUAGUUACAUCCAGGAUUAGCAAAUUUUAAUUUAAAAAACUUGUCUUUUUAUUUCAAAUUUUCGAUCGCUUAUUCACAGAACCUGUCAGCUGGCAUUGUUUAAUUUCUUCUUGCCUGUGCUGUCAUCAAAAGUCGACAGUCUUUUCAAAAUCCUCCAUUUUAUUUUUGAUAAAUGUCUUGAAAAGUUUACGGCUUGAAUUGUCUCCCUUCAUUUGUGUAUCUCCCAUUAAUUCUAUAAUUUUGUAUUUAUGGAGAUAUCUCAGAUGUCGGUGCAAAACCAAAACAACCCCCCCCCCCCCUCCCCACCAAAAUUUGAAAUAUAUUGUUUGGCAGCCACUAGGUGUGAGGGCCCCUAGUCAGCUGCGUUAUUUGGCUUUUAAUUCAUCCAGUGCUGAUUAGACUCAUGAAACUUUAUCUUAUAGCUCCAUGCCUGUCAAAACGGUGCUGGUCUUGUAAUCAUAAAAGAUCGUAGUGCGGGUGACACGCCAACUGCAUAUAGAAUGAAUAUGUGCUGCUCUUGUAAUGAUGCUCUUUAAUAUAGUUUCGUGUCUUGCUAUAUGCAAUUGUUUAUAGAAUUCUGGCCCGGAUUCGUUAAGUUAAUUCAUUUCUUUUUUUUUUUAACAUGUAGCAAGCCCACCUCAAAAACAUUUUCUUUAGGUUUAAAAAUUAUGACAUCGGAAAUACCCGCAAUUACAUCCAUAAAAAUACUUAAAAUAAUCUUGGAAAGAAAUGCAUGUAAAAGUUGGGUAUGAAUCCACAGAUAGUACGGACGUCACUGAGUCAAACAACACUCAAGUUGAUGUAUCUGAUGCAAUAGGCCGAAAUAUCCAGGGCGAACAAAGUGAAUCGCAGCACGAUCUCACGCCACUAUACAUAGUUUUGAGUAAGUUGUUUAAUUGAAAUGUUUAUAACGACACAGGCUCAACUAGAGAGGAACUGAAAUAACGAUUAUUCACUUACUUAAAAAAGCAAAGCAUCUUUUUUUAUGUAAAGCAACAGAAAAAAAAAUUUGAAGUUAUUAAAUCCAUUGGUUUUCACAUGGUUUCAUAGAAAGCGUUCGUAAAAAAAUAAAAUGUGUAGUGGCUUACAGUGCAGUAAACACUGGUUUAACAAUUCAGCAGGUUAACAGAUUUAUGUGGUAAGCUGUUGCAUGAAAUUUAAAUAUGUAUAGUUGGCUAGGAUUAGUGGCACCCGUUGGGGGGGGGGAGGAGGAAAAGAUGUUUGAACCCUACUUCCUCAAAAAAAAAAAAAAAAAAAGUAUAUAUAUUUGGCCUUAAAUGCUGCCGCUCCAUUGAAGAAAAAGAUGUUGACCGGGGUGGACCACCCACCCCACCUUCCUACAGCGUUGUAAGAGAAAUACGGAGAGGACGGCGUUCAGAUUGAAGCAAUAAGAAAUAUACGGAAAGGGUAGGGGAAAAUCUUGAAAAAGGGACAACACGAAAAACAUGGACGGAUUUAAUUUAUAUUUAAAGUUACAAAAUGGAUCUAAAUCGCACCUGUGUAGCGACCUGGGAGCCAAGUAACGAGUUUAAAUCUUGGACAGUUGAAAGGAGUGUGGAAAAUGGCUUAAAGUCUGUUACAGUUCCUGGUAUAGUUUUAUCACAGUCCCACACUCUUAUAACUACAGAUUACGUGAUUUCCUCAGCUGAACUAUAUGAGCCCAAUUUAACAGAAUCAUUGGUGGAAUUUGAACAAUUCUAUAAUGAUUACAUUGACUCAUAAAUGAUAAGAUCAGAGGGUUAAAGAUUUUUACUAAUUACUUUUACGCAUUAAAAAAAAAAACAACUUUGAAAAUAAAAAUAAAAUUAGAACCAUGUCAAAAACAAUUGAAGACUACAGGGGAAAAACCACAGUUGUCCAAUUUUACACAUUUUCGCGUUUGCGUCCCUUUCAUCGAGUACUGGUGCUUAACUAUGACCUCUGAAAAUAUACAAGCGAAAACCCACCGUAGUCACCCGUUAUUGAGGUAUUUAAAAAUAGGCUACAAUGGAAUAACAACCGAUGUCCAAUGUUUACAAAGGAAAAGUCACAGCUGUCCAAGUUAUUUUGGUACAAACCAAUGAGAAUCUAGAGAAAAGUCACGUGACCGGCUAGCAACAUUGCAAACAACAAACAUGGCGGAUGUUGUAGAUAAACCGAUCGUCACAGAUAAGCCGAAGAAAAAACAAGUUACUGGACGAAAAAGAGAGUUUUCUCGAGAUGAGAAGUUAAGAAAUCAUGUUACAGGGCCACCUUGUAACUGUAAGGUGCUAAAAUGCUUCCAGAUUACUACCGAAGAUGACAGGUCAAAGAUGAUUUCCCAUUUCAAUUCGUUGAAAACAAAAGAUGAGCAGGAUGCAUUCCUUGCCUCGCUCAUUUCAGUUCAUUCAGUUCAGCGUCGCCGUAGCAGAAAGGAAGAGCCAACAGAGGCAGAAUUUCACAACCAUUCUUAUAAAUACCAUAUGAAUAUUGUUAGAGAUGGUAGAUGCACUCGAAUUGAUGUGUGUGUCAAGGGAUUUAUAUCUAUAUUUGAUGUGACAGAAAACCGUGUCAGGAGAAUCAGGGAAAGCCUAGCAGCCACAGGUGGGUUAACUGAUUUUGUUUUAAUUUAAACCAACCACUUUUUAUUAAUGGAAAGUAUGUAAAGACUUUCUUUAAUAAAUGAUAAUCAUUUUUGAUAUUACUGAUAUAGAACAAAAGAAGCCACUGCCACUAUGUUAAAGUUAAGCCUUUAACUUAAAACUAAAACUUAGUAAAACUAAGUAUUGUACUUGUACAUGUUACAUCUGGGCAAAAGACUCAUAAUCUUAACAUUUUUUCCUCUGUUUUUUUAAAUAUAUUUUAAUCUAGAAUACGAGAGAAAAGAUGAUAAUAAUAAUAGAAAUGUUUAUAAAUAAAUAAAUAUAUUAAAUAAUAGAAAUAUCAUAACUUAUUCUUUGUAUUAAAUUUUAUUAUUAUUUUGUUUUUCCUAAUUAGGUUUGCCAUGCAAAGACAUGCGAGGGCAACAUAAAAUCAGACCACAUGCUUUUUCUGCUGUAGAUGUUGAUCUGAUCAUUCAGCAUAUUCAGUCAUUUAGAGGACGUUCCUCACAUUAUGCAAGAAACAAGACCACCAGAUUGUACCUUUCAGAGGACUUGAACAUUUCUAAAAUGUAUACUAUGUUCAAGGAGAAACACCCGAAUCAAAAAUGCUCAUACGAAAGCUAUCGUGGUAUUUUCAACAGCAAAUUUAACAUUUCAUUUGGGUAUCCAAGGAAAGACACUUGUUCAGUAUGUGACAAAAUAAAGAAAAAAAUGGAAUGGGUAGACAGUCAAGUAGGCCUACCUGUCGAGUCUGAUGGUGAAAACACAUUAUUAAGCCAGAAGAACGAGUUAAAUGUUUCGCUUGAGCUCCACCAGAGGAAAGCUGAAGUGUUCUACCAGAGGAAAAGAGCUGCUCGAUUUGAAGCACAACGCUCAAAUGACUUUGAGGCAAUCUGCUUUGAUUUCCAAAAAAAUUUGCCAUGCCCCAACAUUUCAACGCAGGAUGUAUACUACUCCAGACAGCUGUCAUUCUACUCCUUCAACAUCCAUGUCCUUUCAUCCCAAAAAGUUUAUUUCUAUUGCUAUGAUGAGACUGUGGGCAAGAAAGGCUCUGAUGACGUGUGCUCAAUGCUCCAUGAUUAUUUCACAAAUCAGCUGCCACAUGAAGUGAAACAGAUCAAGUUGUUUUGUGAUUCUUGUGCUGGGCAAAACAAGAACUGGACUGUAUUACGUUUUUUAUAUUAUCUAGUUCAUAAAACAGAGCGAUUUGACAACAUCACAAUGUCAUUUCCAGUUCGAGGACAUUCCUAUAUGGAAUGUGAUAGAGAUAUGGCCAAUGUAAAUCAAAAGUUUCCAGCAGAAACACCAGCAGACUGGAGGAAUGUUUUGCAGACCACACGUACAAAACCAGAGCCAUACAAUGUCAUCAAUAUGACAAGUGACAUGUUUUUGAAAUUCACAGAAUUUCUUAAACCACAUUUUUUGGCAGUAUGUCCUUUCCAGACCCGCUCGCUUAGAGAGAUUCAGAUCUCAAAGGGUCAUCCUCACCUUAUUAUGUACAAGGACAGCUGGAAUGGACCUUUCAGCUCUAUGCCUGUUACUCCCCGACAGGCUAGAGCAUCCGGUCGACAGGCUAGAGCAUCCGGUCGUGCAGCAAGAGGCAGAAAGCAGACUCAAGCAGCCCAUGUGGCUCAGUUAUGUGAUUAUCCAAGGCAAGCCUACACAGCUCCUCUGCCCCUCUCCAGUGCAAAAUUUAAAGACUUAUCAAAGUUGAAAGAUUUUGUGAGUGAGCGAAAUAAACCGUUCUUCGAGCAACUGCCUCAAGAUGACCUCAGCAGCCAGGAAUCAGACCAAGAGGAAAGAUCAGACUCUGACUCAGAAUCAUCAGAAUCUUAACAGACUGACAGAAGUUCUGUGUUUGCUUGCAUAAGAAAAAGUCUUAAUAAAUAGUGUGUGCUUUGAAUGUCUUUACUAUUUGAAUUAUUUAAGUGUGCAGGAUUGCCAGGGAAAAACAACUGAUGUCCAAAAUGGAUGUCUUGGUUAUAAAUGCAUAUUGUGAGGAUGUAUGUUGGCUCAGUAACUAAAUCAUUACAUCUAUAUAUCAGGGAUUGAAUCCAUUUUCAUUAAAAAAUUCUUUCAAAUAGAAAUCUUUAAAAUCAAAUGCUCCUGAAGUCUUCAAACACACAAUUUCAUUUAUCUCAAAAAUAGAAAAAGUGGACAACUGUGGGUUUUCCCCUGUAGUCUUCAAUUAUUAUUAUUACAGACAGUUUUGUUUUCUUCCCUUGGGGUCUUAGGCUCGAGUUUUGGAGUCUUCAUUGGUGUUGUCAUUGCUAUUGUCAUUCCCAAGCCGUUCAGAGACCAGCUUUCUCAAAAGUAAGUUAUAUUUGUGUAUAUAUAAUUCUUUUUUUUAUUUGUUCUCUUCAACCAGUUUACUCAAACUUUUCCCCCUUACACACGUCACAAUUAGAUCUAUCCCAAUUAAAAUCCGUAUUGCUAUUAUUUGUGAGAAAAGAUCAGUUCAAAUACAGUUGCAUCAAUUUAAGAUUGUUUGAAGACAAGUCAACAUCUUUUGCUUUUUGAUAACGUCCAAAUUAAUUCGUUGAAAUAUAUGUUUAUGAAAUAUUUAAUGCCAAGUAUCGAGUUUCGGUUUGAACCUGAGUGAGGAUUUUUUGUUAGUUCAUUUAGAAUCCAGAUUUGACACACAUUGAAACAAAAGUUCCACUGGUAGAAGUUUCACUGAAGUAUUCUCAGCCAACAAUGAUUGCCGAUCAAUGCAGACAUGAGUAGUUUGGAUUAAAUCGUUUAACACAUAAAACGAAAUAUCAUUUUUUUUUUCAAAUUUAUUUUUUUGUGGGGGGGGGGGGGGAAUAGGGGUGGGGUGAGACGAAUAUAUGUCUACUUCAUUAGCAUAUUAGGCCCAAACAAUUAUUAAACGUUUCUUUGACAGUAUUUUGCUCUGUCGUUCAAUCAACUACGGCAACUAAUUUCCAAAGUUAUGGUAGACGAUCUCCGCAGCUCUGUUUGAAAGUGUAACAAUCCUAAUCUUGUUUAUGAACACAUAUAUAGUGUAAAUAUACAUGACUGUCUAAUAUAUUCGAAAAGCUUUUUUUGAUAGUUAAUUACAUCAACUAUUUCAAUGAAUACCAUAGAUAUAUAUAUUUGUUUGUUUGAAGGCUCCCUAAGUUAAAGUGUUUUAAGGGGCAGAACAAACAAAAGGCCAGCACUACAGGAACAGAUCAAGAAAAUGACCAAACUCAUACCAAUCACACUACAUGUAUCUGUAUGGAUAAGAGCAUGGAACAGGAGAUAAUUGAUACAGGAGUGGGCGUGGCUGAAGGUAUUUUGAAACUUGCCGACCCAAUAUUAUAAUAUCUAUUCUACAAAAUGUUCGUAGCACAAUUUCAAAAAAAAAACACACAACAUGGUAGGCUACGUGGAACGUACGUACACAAUGCUGUAUGAAUCAUCUCAGCGUGGCAACAAGGCCCACACGAAUGGGAGGGGGUUGACAACCAUGACCCUUGUCAGGGGCCCGAGCUAGAUAGGGGGCCCGCCCUUUAUCACGCUUUUAAAAUAUACGCACACGUUAGAAACUCUUAAAGGGGCCCAAACUCUGUCAGCUGCCUGGGGCCCAGAAUUUCCUAGGUGCGGGCCUGGUGACAACACGACUUAAUAAGACUGACCUCCUUUAGACUUGGUAGCCUGCUAACAUUCUCUUACUAUUGUGAAAUGUUUUUUUUUUAACGAUUUAUUUUCUUGCUUUGUCCUUGCGUGAAUAUAUUUUUAAAAAAUAAAAAAUUAAGUUAACUGAAUAAAUUGCUAAAAAUGUAUCUUGUUAUUUCGAAGGUCAAGGUGACGAGGAUGACGUCAUUGGGAAAAGUUCCCGAUACAAGCCGCUUUCAAGGAACGCCAGCACCAGUGGUGGGGAGGACGGUGGCGAGACAGAUGACAAUUUACAAGGGAUUUCAACAAUUCAGAAAAGAACAAGUAAGAAGUUGGAUGACCCGUUACAAAAUACCAGUGCCCCUGAAGGUAAGGAGUUGCCCACCGAUGAACUGACCAGCCUGCUAAAUGAUCCUGGGCAGACGAGGGACGCCGAAUAACGCUCUAUGCCCUACUUGUUAAAGGGGAUUCAAUGACAAUAUUGACACUUUUUGUUUGUUUGUUUGUUGUUGUUGUUGUUGUUAAUCAUGCUCAAUAUUUAUUUUAUAUUUUAAUUCAAAUAGUUCUUGACAUUGCUAC